UGUGAAAAAGUUCCUAUCCAUGUGAGAAAAUACUAGAAAGAAGCAACUCGAAGAAAAAAAGAUUUUGGUUCUUCUGCAACUGGGAUAACAAAGAAAUGUAAGAGGAAAGAAUAUUAAUUUCAAUAAAAAAAAAAAAAAAAAUUUGUAGAAACAUAAAAAGUUGUGGUUGCAAUUUGCCUAUCAAUUUUCUCUGUAUGCCCACUCAAGUAAGAGUAGUAACCUAUCCUCAACCUUCAUCAACCUGGCCUAUAACCCAUUUUCUCUCUCCUCUCUCCAUGUGGAGUGACCCUUGAAUUAUAGUACUAUUGCUUUCAUGUUUUAAGCCCCCCAAAAUCAUAUAACCAUAAUUUUCAACUCUCAAACAUCUUGAUUAGGAAAUUAUUCAAUCAUUUUUCUACAUCAAACAAAAAAAAAACCCACCUAAUUAUAUAAUAAAUACCAUCCUAAAUUCAGCAUACAUACCAAAAAAGUCUUCAAUUAUUACAUAUCAUUAAUAACUAUAUUUUUAUAUAUUAUGCUCAUAUUUGAUAAAAAUCAGAGAUAAAGUAAAUAUUUUUCUGACAACAACAAAAAAAAAUGGAAGGAAAUGGGUGUAGUAUAGUUUGGUUUAGAAGGGAUCUGAGGGUUGAAGAUAAUCCAGCACUUGCAGCAGGAGUAAGAGCAGGUGCAGUAAUUUGUGUAUUUAUAUGGGCACCUGAAGAAGAAGGUCAUUAUUAUCCAGGAAGAGUUUCAAGGUGGUGGCUUAAAAAUAGUUUAGCUCAACUUGAUUCAUCUUUGCGCAGUCUUGGUACUUGUCUUAUCACCAAGAGAUCUACUGAUAGUGUUUCAUCUCUUCUUGAGGUUGUUAAGUCAACUGGUGCAUCUCAGAUCCUGUUUAAUCAUUUAUAUGAUCCUCUGUCACUUGUUAGAGAUCACCGUGCAAAGGAAGUUUUAACAGCAAAUGGUGUAUCAGUGCGGUCCUUUAAUGCAGAUUUGCUGUAUGAACCUUGGGAAGUUGUGGAUGAAAGAGGCCAACCAUUUACUACCUUUACUUCUUUCUGGGAAAAAUGCCUUGGCAUGCCUUUUGAUCCUGACGCUCCACUUCUUCCUCCUAAGAGGAUAAUCUCUGGAGAUGUGUCAAAGUGUCCAUCAGACACAUUGGUGUUUGAAGAUGAAUCGGAGAGGGGAAGCAAUGCUUUACUUGCUCGAGCAUGGUCACCUGGCUGGAGCAAUGCUGAUAAGGCUCUCACCACUUUCAUCAAUGGAGCAUUGAUCGAGUACGCAAAGAAUCGUAGAAAGGCAGAUAGUGCGACAACCUCCUUUCUCUCUCCUCAUUUGCAUUUUGGAGAGGUCAGUGUACGAAAGGCCUUCCACCUAGUGCGCAUUAAGCAGGUCUCAUGGGCAAAUGAAGGGAACACAGCUGGUGAUGAGAGUUGCAAUUUGUUUCUCAAAUCUAUUGGUUUGAGAGAAUAUUCAAGGUAUAUGAGCUUCAACCAUCCAUAUAGCCACGAAAGACCUUUACUUGGGCACCUCAAGUUCUUCCCUUGGGUGGUAGACGAAGGCUAUUUCAAGGCAUGGAGACAAGGUAGAACAGGCUAUCCUUUGGUUGAUGCUGGCAUGAGAGAGUUAUGGGCAACUGGCUGGCUACAUGAUAGGAUACGAGUUGUUGUCUCCAGCUUCUUUGUUAAGGUUCUGCAACUUCCAUGGAGGUGGGGUAUGAAAUACUUCUGGGAUACCCUUUUGGAUGCAGAUCUCGAAAGUGACGCCCUUGGGUGGCAAUAUAUUACGGGUACUCUCCCUGAUGCCCGUGAGUUUGACAGAAUUGAUAAUCCUCAGUUUGAAGGCUACAAAUUUGAUCCUAAUGGAGAAUAUGUAAGGCGCUGGCUCCCUGAACUAGCAAGGCUACCGACUGAAUGGAUCCAUCAUCCAUGGGAUACUCCGGAAUCUGUACUACAAGCUGCAGGGGUAGAGUUGGGAUCGAAUUACCCUCUUCCCAUUGUAGAAAUUGAUGCAGCAAAAGCAAGACUUCAAGAAGCACUCACAAGGAUGUGGGAGCUGGAAGCAGCUCACAGGGCUGCUGUUGAAAAUGGGACAGAAGAAGGGCUCGGUGAUUCUGCAGAAACAGAUCCCAUUGAAUUUCCACAAGAUUUACAAAUGGAUAUUGAUCGUGAACCAGUGAGAAUUAAUAACCAUAGUGUGAUUAACCGACGUCAUGAGGACCAGAUGGUCCCAAGCAUCACCUCAACCUUGUUUAGGGUUGAAGAUUAUGAAACUUCUUCAGAUGUUCAGCAACAAUCAGUGGAACAGGGAAGAGCAGAGGUUCCAAGAAAUCUGAAUGGACAUCAGGAACGAGAGCCACUAAACCAAGGAGCUUUACUUGCUCAGCGAAGAAAUAAUGCCAUUGCUCCACCACAGGUUAACAUCACAUUUGGGCUGCAGAAUAUAGAAAUAGAGGAGUCUACAGCUGAUUCAAGUUCUAUUAGUGGUGGUAGCCGAAGUAGUGGGGUGGUUCCUGUUUGGUCUCCCUCAAGUUCUACCUUUGCAGAUCAGUAUCUAAAUGAUGAAACAGCAAUAGGACCCAAUUCCUCAUUCUUGCAGAGGCAUCCACAGUCUCACGAAUUGGUGAAUUGGAGACGACUUUCUCAAACCGGGACAUUGCUGGAAAAGAAACAUGGAAUACAGUAAAUGGAAAAUAAGGAUUAGGAGAAGGUUGUUAAGUUGAGAUGAUUUUGGGGAGAACGCCCGAAGAUAGAAUACUGUAUAUCCUGAUACUAAAGACAAGUCAUAUGGGAGCGAGGACUUGUUAUGUUUCUGCACAUCCCAUUUAUCAGCUGAAAGCAGACAUCGUCCUGAUGUCAUGAAAUUUGAAAGGUCGAUUCAUAUCUGCAGCUAUGCAUAAUGCCAUUCUGGUUUAUUGAUAUCGACACUUCUGCUUAUGAGUUAUGCCAUUGUAGCUUGUACCAUUAUAGUGUGUAGUUUUGCUGUAUAGUUGUAGUGUCCUUUGCGAAGGGAGAGAAGAGUCGAGUUGUUACAGGGAUGUGUAGCCUCGAAUAAGUCCCAUGCUUGUCCAAUUUCAUUAUGUGAAAUAUAUUUGCUACUAUCGUCAGUAAUGGUGUUUAUGGUGCUUGGUCCUCUCA